UAAUCCACAGCGAGUGGGUAAAUAGUUACAACCACUCAAUCAUUCAUCUCAUAGGUUCAAAAUGGCACUCUUUGGACUCUCUCACUUCCACCCUUCCCUCUUCAAAAAUCCCCGCAAUCUCCCAAGUCCUCUUUCCCGUUGACCCCCCCAACAUGUCGUCAUUGACAGACCGGAGAAGAACCCAUCUCCCGCUCGACCUCCUCUUCCUCCUCCUCUGCCUCCUCUCCACCGCGGCGGCCGACGAGCUUCAAAUUCUUCUCAAAAUCAAAUCCACGUUACAAGUUUCAAACACCAACAACAACAUAUUCAAUACAUGGAACUCCACCAAUUCCGUUUGCAGCUUCACCGGAAUUGCCUGCAUCGAAAACGGAUUCGUUCGAGAUAUCGACCUUUCGAAUCAGAACCUAUCUGGGUUUCUUGCGGCGGACGCAAUAUGCCAGCUCGAAUCGUUGGAAACACUUUCCUUGGGAUUCAACUUCUUGCACGGGACAAUCAAGGAGGACUUGAACAACUGCGUAAAUUUGAAGUACUUGGACUUGGGCAACAAUUUGUUCUCAGGAUCGUUCCCCGACAUAUCAUCCCUGUCCCAGUUAGAACAUCUCCAUCUGAACUGCAGCGGAUUUUCGGGUACUUUUCCGUGGAAAUCAUUGGGGAACAUGACGGGUUUGAUUCGAUUGAGCUUGGGAGACAACCCUUUUGAUCAAAGCCCAUUCCCAACCGAGGUGUUGAAUCUCAACAAACUCAACUGGCUUUACUUGUCGAAUUGCAGCCUCGGAGGUUCGAUUCCGAAAGGAAUCGGAAACCUCACGGAGCUUAUCAACUUGGAGUUAUCCGACAACAGCAUGGUCGGAGAAAUCCCAUCCGAGAUUACAAAGCUUACCAAGCUCUGGCAGCUCGAGCUCUACCACAACCAGUUCACCGGGACGCUUCCUCCCGGCCUAAGAAAUCUCACCAACCUCGAAAACUUUGACGCCUCCAUGAAUCUACUCGAAGGCGAUUUGUCGGAGGUGGGAUUCUUGGAGAACAUAGUUUCCCUCCAAUUGUACAAGAAUAGUUUCUCCGGAGAAGUUCCGAUGGAGUUCGGGGAAUUCAAGAAGCUUGUCAAUCUGUCGUUGUACAAUAACAAGCUGACCGGUCCUCUGCCUCAGAAACUUGGCUCUUGGUCCAAGAUUGAUUUCAUCGAUAUCUCUGAGAAUCUCCUGACGGGAAGUAUUCCGCCCGAUAUGUGCAAGAUGGGGACGAUGAGAGGCUUUCUCCUGCUCCAGAACAAGUUUACCGGCGAAAUUCCUGCGAAUUACGCUAAGUGUUCCACAUUGAAGCGGUUCAGAGUCAACAUCAACUCGCUGUCCGGUGUUGUUCCUCCUGGAAUUUGGGGGUUGCCGAAUGCGCACAUCAUCGACCUUACUUCCAAUCAAUUCGAAGGCCCGAUAACUUCUGACAUUGGAAAUGCAAAGAUGCUUGCGCAGUUGUUCGUCAGUUACAAUCAGUUAUCUGGUGAGCUGCCGGAUGAGAUUUCCAAAGCAACAUCUUUGGUGUCCAUUGUUUUGAACAACAAUCGGUUUUCCGGGAACGUCCCUGGAAGUGUUGGUGACCUGACGCAUCUGGGAACUCUGUAUUUGCAGAGCAACAUGUUCUCUGCUUCGAUACCAGAGUCUCUAGGAAACUGUAAUUUACUGAGCGACUUAAACAUGGCAGAAAACUCAUUUUCCGGUGACAUCCCAUCGUCUUUAGGCUCUCUCCCAACCUUGAACUCUCUGAAUUUGUCACAAAAUCAACUUUCGGGUGAAAUCCCAAAGAGCUUAGCAUCUCUAAGGCUAAGUCUUCUUGAUCUAUCACACAACAGGCUCACCGGCGCCAUACCAGAAUCUCUGUCGAUUGCAGCCUACAACGGUAGCUUUUCUGGUAACUCCGGACUCUGCAGCACGGACAUAAGCCCAUUCCCCCAUUGUUCUGCUGGUUCUGGGAUGUCCAAGGAUGUGCGGACGCUAAUUAUUUGCUUCUCGGCUGGCUCAGCAAUUCUGCUUGUGUCCCUCACAUGCUUCUUGUUCUUAAAGAAGCGCGAAAAGGACGAAGACCGUUCGUUAAAGGAGGAAUCUUGGGACGUAAACUCUUUUCAUGUGAUGAGCUUCACCGAGGGUGAAAUUCUUGAUUCCAUUAGGCAAGAGAAUCUUAUUGGAAAAGGGGGUUCCGGAAACGUUUACAGAGUUUUACUUGCGAAUGGCAAAGAUCUCGCUGUAAAGCACAUAUGGAACACCGAUCCAAGUGACAGGAAAAGGUUCAAGAGCAUGGCUCCAGUGCUUGCAAAACGCGGUGGGAAGUCGAAGGAAUUUAAUGCUGAGGUGCAGACGUUGAGCUCGAUUAGGCAUGUGAAUGUGGUGAAGUUGUACUGUAGCAUUACAAGCGAGGACUCAAGCUUGUUGGUGUAUGAGUACAUGCCGAAUGGUAGCUUGUGGGAUCAGCUUCAUACGUGCCAAAAGAUGAAGCUUGAUUGGGAGACAAGGCAUGAGAUAGCAGUGGGAGCAGCCAAAGGUUUGGAGUAUUUGCAUCAUGGCUUGGAGAGGCUGGUGAUGCACCGGGAUGUCAAGUCGAGUAACAUUUUAUUGGAUGAGUUUUUGAAGCCGAAGAUUGCGGAUUUCGGGCUUGCCAAGAUUGUUCAGGCCACUGCAGACAAGGACUCUACUCAUGUUAUUGCCGGAACACAUGGCUACAUUGCUCCUGAAUAUGGAUACACGUACAAAGUGAAUGAGAAGAGCGAUGUGUACAGCUUCGGAGUGGUACUAAUGGAGCUAGUGACGGGGAAAAGGCCGAUAGAACCAGAGUUCGGAGAGAACAAGGAUAUAGUGAGCUGGGUAAGCAGCAUGCUUGGGAGUAGAGAGAGCAUAUUAAGCAUGGUGGACUCAUAUAUUCCAGAGGUGUACAAAGAAGAGGCUAUCAAGGUUUUAAGAAUUGCAAUUCUCUGCACGGCUAGGGUACCGGAGUUAAGACCCUCCAUGAGAAGUGUGGUUCAAAUGCUUGAAGAGGCUCACGAGACAUUUAAAUUGCUCAAGAUUGUUAUCAGCAAAGAUGGUGCUGCUGCAGAUAUGAAAAUGAAAGUAGUGAAGGGUAUAGAGAACUGAAAUUAAUCAACACGCGGCCACUCUUCGAAAAUUAUUGGUCGAAGAAGCUCGUUCAUCGAUCUCCACUUAAACUUGUUUAACUUGGAACUAUUAUGUAAUGUAUAUAUGAGAGCUGAGUACUUGUAACAUAUUAGCCAGAACCUGCAGAUCAUUGCAUAUAUAUAUAUAUAUUUGUAGUUUUGCAGAUGUAAAAUAAGAAUUUGGAUCUCUUCGGAUCUUGCAGUUCGGAGCCGAGGGACAGAGAAAUCUGGGCCAUUCCAAGAGGGAGAGAGAGAUCCGGACCUUGAGUUUAUGAGUGGUCCAGAUUUUCAGGUCUGUUCGCUCCAGGCAUCGAGAUUCGGAGAGAAUCUCAAUUCAUAAAAUAAUAGGAGCUAGGAGGGCUUUUUUUUUGUACCAUAUAUGUAUCUACUACUACUAGUAGUUAAUCCCUUUGUUCCCUUCAGGGUUUGAGCUUAACUGAAAGGAAUAGUACUGUAAUUUCUAAUAAUUUUUCUUUUUUAGGC